UAUUUAUUUUAUUGUUUUAAAACUCUAUAAUAUUAAUUGACUAACAAUUGGAACAGUCCACGAAUGAUUCACGGAGAUUCGAACUGGCGGAAACACCAAUUUCCAAUAGGAUUUCGAUUUUGAGUCGACGCCAGGCAGGUGGUGGGAAAAAAAUAGGCACGCGCGUUGCGUUCCGUUACGGGACAUGACGACACGUCAGGAUGAGCGUGGCAGCUGCGGAAGUGAUGAGGCCAUGGUACCGCAUUUACCCCACACUUCGGACAUGGCCAACUUUCUGGUACAUCCUCAGCAACAACAGUUGCACCAUUCUCAUCACCAACAGCAAGGACAACCGCCGCCUCCGAUGAUGUGGCCACAGCAACAACAUAUGAGCCCCACAUUUCCACCGCAUCAUCAACAUCACCAGCAGCCGUCGCUGCCUCAGCAACAGCAAAUUUUCAAUGAAUAUAUGUAUAACGUGGCGUAUUCGCCUGCGCAAACGGAGACCUACUCUGUUCUGCCCAUGCAAUUACAUCUUAAGGUCUACCACUGUGCUGAUAAUCUAGGGAGUGCCCCCGCUGCUGUUAAUGAAAGCAAUGCAGCUCUCUUCGCGCCGCAAAAUGCGGCAUAUCCCCAUAUCAACAUAGCGCCACUUCCGAGCCAACUUCAUCAGCCAACGCAACCGCAGCAGCCACCAACACCCCAGCAACAACAACCAACACCACCGAUGCAAGCGCAAUUUUAUGAAUUGUUUGCCACCAAUCCGCUGCUGCCAAAUCCUGAAAUGAAUAUUGCAGUACCGUCACAACAGCAGCAACAGCAGCAGCACCACCACCAACAACAUCAACAACAACAGGCGCCCUCUUUUAGGCAAUUUGAGGAGCCACGCGGUAAUGCUGCCACGAGCACGGCGAAUAGCAGCUCGAAUCUGUUUAACAACCUUGUUAGCAAUUGGUCGCCCAAUCUAACCGGCGGUACCUACACACAGUUUGGCGCAGAAAUCACAGACCCCAAUACCAACAGAAAUUACAAUGAAUCGCCAAUGCCAGUACAACAGCAACAGCAUCAUCAGCAACCACCACUGCAGCAGCAGCAACAACAGCAACAGUACAAUGUCAAGGCCCCAGUUACCUUGGCAUCCUCACCGUCAGCAAAGACUGCAGAUAAAUUCAAUGCCGGUUUGAACCUUGCAUCCAACACUGCCAGCACUAAGACAAAUAAUGUCGUUUCGGGCUUGCCCGAGACUAAGAAACGUAUUGUCGCCGAGGUUAAACCCAUGCCCAUGUCAUACUCUGAUGUGUUGAGCAAGGGCACGUUACGUUCGAUGGCAAACACAAGCAACUCGGGUGAAGGACGCAUCAGCAAUGGUCUGGAUGCUAAUCUGACGCAAUCGCGUCGUCAAGGCGUCAAGGAUGAAGUUAGUCACCAGACACGUUCAUCAAAACGCUCGCCCUUGCAUGAAGCCAAGGAUGCGGCUGGGGGAGCGAUGCAGUCGUCAACGACCAAUGCGAUCGGUAACUCUAAUGGUAAUCGCAACAAGAAACGUGGACAUGGCCAUCAAGCUUCUUCACAGAAAAUACAACAGGCGCAACAGAUCCAGCAGCAGGCGCCCAACAAGUCUACAAAACCACAACCGUUGGCAACGCAGGAUAAAAAGCGGUUAACAAAUACACCCACGCAGCUUAAAACCAACAGCACUAAUAAUAGCAAUGGCAAUAGUAGUGGAUAUAGCGUUAAAAGCAACGACAACACAAACAAGGCAACAGCAAGCAACAACAACAAUAAUGCACCAGCAAGUGCAGCACAGCAAACAACGCGGAAGACGAAUGUCAACAAAAUGAACAACACCUAUAACGCCUCCAAUGGAAACUACUCGAAUGCCAACAAUACGGGAAACUCUUCUAAUACUGGUAACAAUAACAACAGCAGCAACAACAAUUCAAGUUCCUCAUCCAAGCGCUACUACAAUUCCACAUCAUCAAAUACAAACCUGAACUCGAACUCUGGCGGCUACUCAUACUCCUCGAAACGGAACCGGGGCAAUGCUUAUUCCUCAAACUCUCCCUCUCAUGCCAGUUCCACGCCCAACCGUAACUACGAGCUGGCCAAGCGGAUAUUACACACUUGGUGGAUCUGGACGUUGAAAUUGCUGACCUGGCUGUUUUAUUUGGUCUACGAUAUUGUCGUACUCGGCUGCAGUAUGGCUUAUGAACGUUUGACAACCGCUUACAUUGCGGGCCUAGCAUAUGCACAGCAACUGCAUAAGGAACUAAAGCAAAAUUCGGGGAAACCGAGCAUCUGGUGGCGCAACUAUUGGCGACGCUUCGAUGCUCGCUUCAAAAAGAACUCAUGUUGGGCUUUUUGGCGAAGAUUCUACAAACGCAAACCACCGGAGCCACCGACCGAGGCAUUUAAGACUGGUCGACUUCCGCAGACGGGCGAAGAGGCCAUGUUCUCUCUGUUGAAUUGCAAAGGCAAGGAUGCCUACAGCAUAUUAGGCUUACCACCGGACAGCCCUCAAGAACAAGUACGUAAACAUUACAAGAAAAUUGCUGUGCUCGUUCAUCCCGAUAAAAACAAGCAGGCUGGCGCCGAGGAGGCAUUCAAGGUGCUACAACGUGCAUUUGAAUUAAUUGGGGAACCGGAAAAUCGUCUUGCCUAUGACCAAAGCUUAGCCGAAGCGUUGCAUGCCGAAAAAGCUUGGACAGAGCUGCACGAUCUGCUGUCACAGCUGCAAACGAAAAUGACGGAAGCGGCCAAUACUAUAAGAUGCAGUACAUGCGCGCAGCGCCAUCCUCGCAAACUAACCGAACGUCCUCAUUAUGCAGCGCGUGAAUGCGCUUCCUGUAAGAUACGUCACUCAGCCAAAGAUGGCGACAUCUGGGCUGAGACUAGCAUGCUGGGCCUGCGCUGGAAAUAUCUGGCACUGAUGGAUGGCAAGGUGUACGACAUAACCGAAUGGGCCAAUUGCCAAAAAGGUGCUCUGUCGCACCUGGAGCCGAAUUCUCACAUGGUGCAGUAUCGCAUUGUUCGUGGCGCCCAACAGCAACAGCAGCACCAACAGCAACAACAACAGCAUCAACAGCAGCAGCAACAGCAGCAGCAACAGAAUCACCAACAUCAUCAGCAGCAUCAACACGAGCGUGGUGGACAUCAUCAUGGUGGUGUUGGCGGUGUUAGCGGUGUGAGCGAGGCCACGUUGCACGAAUUUCUGGAUAAUUUGUAUAGUGGCCAGCAUCCUGGUGGAGCGCCCAAUGCCACGCCCUUUGCAAAUAAUACACGUCGCCGUGCGCGCCGCAAUUGAAGCCGUAGUUUUAAGUGUUUUUAAAAUCUCUAAUAAAUCCGCAGCUAUUCUAGCACAGAGAGCGCAGAAACUGUGUGAUUUUCACUCAUUUACACACAAGACACCCCUUUUAACCAUGCACACAAUCACUCACAAAUUCAAUGAACCAUUCACCAUCUUUUUUAAUCCACAGAUACGCUUUGCUUGAUAUUGUGAAAAUAUUGUAUUCGUGUACAAUUUUCUAUCAUAAUUUUUGAUUACAUUUACAUUUAGACUCUACCCCUUCAAUAGAUUCUAUGUAUGUACUAUAAUUUCGCCUGUCCCAGUUCUCUAAUGGACAGCUCUAACAUGCGCCUAGAUCGUACUAAACAAGAUAUUUAAUUUUAAGUUAUAUUAAUGAGCCACGCGUAUUUCAAGUAUACGUGCCGAAAUCAAACACAGCAUGUAAAAUCUAACAAAAGCAAAAUAUAAACGUUAUUCAACUGA